UGCGCAAAAUUCGCAGUCUCGCGCGUGCGGAACGAGUGCGAUCUCGCGACCCUCAAAUCGCUGCUGGGGAAGCGCGUUUUAGGUACUUUGCUCUUUCAGCACAUUGUUUUCUCUGCUUGAGUUUGGUUGGUGUUGUGGAAUAUGGAUUCGCGGAAAGUGUCGGAGUUAAAGGCCUUUGUGCAGCUGUGCAAAGAAAAUCCAUCUGUGCUGCAUCUGCCAGAGAUGGGCUUCUUUAAGAGCUGGCUGCAGGGAAUGGGAGGAAACAUACCAUCACCAACAAAGAAUGACAGCUCAUCAUGCAAGGGAAGCUGUCCAUGUGAUGGGGUCCCCAAAGCAGCGCAAGAACCCGAACCCGCCCCGCCAACUGAGAGCGAAGAGAGUGAAUUAGAAAUUGACAAUGAAGGAGUGAUUGAGCCCGACACCGAUGAUCCUCAGGAGAUGGGCGAUUAUGAGAACCUGGAGGUCACAGAUGAGAUGAUGGACCAGGCCAAUGAGAAGAAGAUUGAGGCUAUUGGCGCGUUAGGAGACGGUGACCUACAGAAAGCUCUAGACCUCUUCACAGAGGCCAUCAAACUCAACCCGACAUUGGCCAUUCUGUAUGCCAAAAGAGCCAGCGUAUAUGUAAAAAUGCAGAAGCCCAACGCUGCCAUCAGAGACUGUGACCGAGCCAUCAGCAUCAACCCAGACUCAGCCCAGCCUUAUAAGUGGAGGGGGAAGGCACACAAGUUGCUCGGUCUCUGGGAGGAGGCCGCUGGAGACUUGGCGAUGGCCUGUAAGCUGGACUAUGAUGAAGAGGCCAGUGCCAUGCUAAAAGAAGUCCAACCAAAGGCCAACAAAAUUAUUGAGCACCGGCGCAAAUAUGAACGCAAGCGUGAAGAACGAGAGCUCAGAGCACGGCAAGAACGAGUGAAGAAAGCAAGGGAGGAGCACGAGAGAGCACAGAGGGAAGAGGAAGCCAGACAACAGGCUGGAGGGGCACGUGGAGGAUUCCCAGGAUCCCCAGGAGGUGCUGGUUUCCCAGGUGGAGCUCCUCCGUUUGGAAUGCCUGGACUUAAUGAGCUAUUCAAUGACCCAGAGGUUCUCAUGGCCAUGCAGGACCCAGAGGUGAUGGCAGCAUUCCAGGAUGUGGCGCAGAACCCCGCCAACAUCUCCAAGUACCAGGGCAACCCCAAAAUCAUGGCCCUGAUCAACAAACUCAGCUCCAAGUUUGGCGGCCAGCAGCCCUAAAAAGGGCUGAAAGAGUUCAUGUCCAGUUCCAAUACUCUGCUGUAGCUUUUUCUCACUGGGUUUCUUGCCAUCAAUUACAGACAGCACUUAGCUUAUGAGCCACGUGAGAUACUGAUUUUAGACGAGUCUGUGCUGAUGAAAGAAGAAGAAACUAUGAAAAAGUAUCGGAACAAGACCAGAGAUGUGAGAUGUG